AUUUUUGCGUGCCCAAAAAAUCUCCGACUAUCAAGUACUCAAUCAAAUAUGAAUCGGUGAAAUUGCCCCAUUUUAGUCCAAUUCAGCCCUUCUUUUUAAAAUUGUCAGUGGCCUUGCCUUUUUCUCAAGCUAGAUUUUGUUGUGUUUUGGCUCCACUCACUGUGAUGCUCUGAUCUAUUGAAUAAAGAAGAAUUUUAGCAAUUGAGUUGUUCCAUCAUCAUUAUCCAUGGACGUUUUCUGGGAGGAGGGAAUGCUGAAGCAUGAUGCGGGUCGGGGCGUAUUCGACUCGGGUAUGGAUCCCGGAUUCCUAGAUGUGCUGGAAGCCCACCCGGAGAACGCGGGGCGGGUCAAGAACAUAGUUUCCAUCCUCAAACGGGGCCCCAUCGCCUCUUUUAUCUCUUGGCAUCAAGGCCGUCCCGCCCUCAUCUCCGAAUUGCUCUCUUUCCAUACCCAAGAAUAUAUAGACGAGCUAGUCAAGGCAGAUAAGAGCGGGGGCAAGAACUUCGGCGCUGGAACGUUCUUGAACCCUGGAUCAUGGGACGCUGCGCUCCUUGCUGCCGGCACCACUCUGUCAGCAAUGAAACACAUACUUGAUGGGAAUGGAAAGAUUUCGUACGCAUUGGUCCGGCCGCCAGGCCAUCAUGCUCAGCCUACUCAUGCAGAUGGAUAUUGCUUUCUAAACAAUGCAGGUCUUGCGGUCGAAUCAGCUCUCGCCUCUGGCCUUAACAGAGUUGCUGUGAUUGAUAUCGAUGUGCACUAUGGAAACGGGACUGCUGAGGGCUUCUAUCGAUCCAAUAAGGUUCUCACUAUCUCUCUUCAUAUGAAUCAUGGAUCGUGGGGGCCUUCGCACCCUCAAGAUGGAACUGUGGACGAGCUAGGUGAAGGGGAAGGCUAUGGUUAUAAUUUGAAUAUACCCCUGCCCAAUGGGUCUGGAAAUCGAGGGUAUGCACGUGCAAUGAGUGAAUUAGUCAUGCCUGCUAUCGAGAGAUUUGAUCCUGAGAUGAUGGUUCUGGUUGUUGGCCAAGAUUCUAGCGCUUUUGAUGCAAAUGGAAGGCAAUGCUUGACUAUGGAGGGCUAUAGGAAAAUCGGGCAGAUGGUUCGUGAAAUGGCUGACAAGCAUAGUGAAGGGCGCAUCCUGAUUGUCCAAGAGGGGGGUUACCAUGUUACUUAUUCGGCCUAUUGUCUGCAUGCCACGCUUGAAGGUGUGCUCAACAUUCCAGCUCCUCUGCUACCUGACCCCCUUGCUUAUUAUCCGGAAGAUGAAACUUUCUGCGUAGCUGUCAUUGAAUCCAUAAACAAGUUUCACAGAGAAAACGUCCCAUUCCUAAAGUAGAGCAACGCCGGAAGCUUGUUGAUUCAAGUAAAUGAAACCAACCGACUUUGAUAUUCUUCGUUUAUGCAACUACCUAUUGGUUCAUCAAGCUUUACCAUCUUCAAACAUGUGUGUGCUCUAAAAUUGAAUUUCUAUGUUCAAACAAGAUGUUUAUUUAUGUUAAAGUUAGAUUCUUGUAUGAUUAUUAGGCCUAUACUGUUCAUUCAUGAAAUGGAGUGUAGGGAUUUAAGUUCAGAGGCCCAAAAAAUAAGUGAGUAUAUUUCCUAUGCUCAAUUUGAUCAAAUUUCAUUUUUUGUCA